AUGGAUAAAGUUUGUCUCAACAGUGAGGCUGUAGCUGAUGAGGAAGGGGAAAGUAACCCUAACCCUGUUGCUCCUGCGGUUGGAAUGGAAUUUGAGACUUACGAGGAUGUCUAUUACUUCUAUAAUUGCUACGCCAAGGAACAGGGAUUUGGGGUUAGGGUCACUAAUACCUGGUACCGCAAGACCAAGGAACGUUACAGAGCUAAACUUAGCUGCAGCAGUGCAGGCUUCAAGAAAAGUACCGAAGCCAAUCGCCCUAGACCCCAAACCCGAACCGGCUGUCCUGCUAUGAUCAAGUUCAGAUUGAUGGACUCCACUAGAUGGAGAAUUAUAGAAGUUGAGCUUCACCACAAUCACUUGAUUAACCCCACCAGUGGCAAGUUUUACAAAUCCCAUAACCACAUUGCUCUUGGGACCAAAAGAACCCUGCAUUUGGAUGCUGCUGCUGCUGCUGCUUCUCAACAGGUUCACAAAAUUAGGAUGUUUCGAACUGUCAUUAUCGAUGCUAGUCUAGAUGUUGAUGAAGGGAAGUCCCAAAUCAGCCUCUACUCCAAUCAGUUGAAGCUGAAGAAAGGUGAUGCUGAAGCCAUUCUUAAUUUUUUUAGUCACCAGCAAUUGGCAGAUCCAGACUUCUUCUAUGUGGUGGAUGUCAACGAGAGGGGAUGUUUGAGGAAUUUGUUCUGGGCUGAUGCCAAGUCCCGUGUGGCGUACAGUUAUUUUAAUGAUGUUGUAGCAAUUAAUACUGUGUGUUUGACAGGUGAAUAUCAAGUUCCUCUAGUUCUGUUCCUUGGGAUGAACCACCAUAAACAAUCCAUCUUGUUUGGUUGCGGAUUGCUUGCUGGUGAUACCGUUGAAUCAUAUACGUGGCUGUUCAGGGCGUGGCUUACUUGUAUCUUAGGCCGCCCCCCACAAGUCAUCAUUACUGACCAGUGUGGAAUCUUGCAAACUGUGGUUGCUGAUGUCUUUCCAAGAUCUACACACUGCCUUUGCUUAUUUAAUAUCAUGCAAAAAGUUCCAGAAAAACUGGGAGCCUGUGUAGAAUAUGAAGCAAUCAAUGCAGCUUUGAACAGAGCAGUUUAUUUCUCUCUGAGGGCUGAGGAUUUUGAAGCAAAUUGGGAGGACACCAUGAAAAGCAACCAAAUUAGAGGCAAUAAAUGGCUUCAAUCUUUAUAUGAGGAUCGAAAACGGUGGGCUCCAGUUUAUCUGAAGGAAAUCUUCUUGGCAGGAAUGCUUCCAAUUCAACCAAGUGAUGUUGUAUCAUUUUUCUUUGACGGGUACCUCAACGAGCAAACUUCCCUAAAAGAAUUUGUAGAAAAAUAUGAUCAUGCGUUACAGACAAAACGACAACUUGAGGCUUUGGCAGAUUUGGAUUCAAAAUCUUCUAGCUUUGUGCCGAAAUCAAGGUCUUACUUUGAGCUGCAGGUUUCAAAGUUAUACACCAAUGAGAUAUUAAGAAUGUUUGAAAGGGAAGUGGAAGGGAUGUUUUCUUGCUUCAACUCCAGACAGAUAAAUGUUGAUGGACCGGUCAUCACAUACAUUGUUCAGGAACAAGUUGAAGUUGAUGGAAACCAGAGAGAUGCAACAGACUAUGAGGUGUGUUAUAAUGAAGCUGAAAUGGAGGUCCUUUGCAUUUGUGGUUUGUUCAAUUUCAGAGGUUACUUGUGUAGACAUGCUUUAUUUGUCUUGGGUCAAAAUGGGAUAAAAGAGAUCCCUGCUCAGUACAUUCUUUCACGAUGGAGAAAAGAUAUGAAGCGUAGCAAUGUUUAUGAUCACAACUGUUGUGGCAUUGAUAUUAGUAAUCCAGUUCAUAGGUAUGACCAUUUAUACAGACAGAUUGUGAAGGUCGCAGAGGAAGGUAAGAAAUCCCAUGACCAUUACAGGACUGCAGUGCAAGCAUUGGAGAAUAUAUUGAGCAAGCUUCAUCUUGUAAACGUAGGGGAUCCCAAUAUAAUGUACAACUAUUAA